GGCAUAAGAAGCAGGACAGGGUGCCGCCGGGCCUGCUCCACUCCCCCCAACCAUCGUCUGCGCAACCCAUCCUCCCACCUGCCCCUCUGCGCCUGCCCUCAUCCCGCCGGUCCACGAUGCUCACCUCCCUCGUUCCGCGCUGGGCCCGCCGCCACGAGGCCGGUCCCGGAAACUCGCCCAUCCGCCGCGGCAGCGAGGCGCUUGACUUUGAGUGCGCCGAGUCGGCCCACCUCACCUCGGCCCGUCGUGCCCGUCGCGAGGCCGAGAUCGCCGCUGCCAACGCGCGCCUCGUUGCGCGCCUGGCCUCCAACCAGGCGCCGCACUCGCCGCAGCAGCCCCAGCACCAGCACCAGCACCAGCCGCAGCAGCAACAGCAGCACCACCACCACCACCAGCAGCUGUCCGCCUCGCCGCCGCACGGCCUCGCUCCGACGCGCCCCUCGCUCUCGCGCUGCGACAGCCGCGCCAGCGACGGCACGGCGUUCAGCGAGGUGCCGAGCUGGAAGUUCCAGACGGCCGUCAAGGUUCACGCCGUGCUGCCGUCGGCCGUCGGCUCGGCGCCGGCGCAGCACGUCGACAUGCGGCCCAUCUCCAACGGCAGCUCCUCGUCGAGCUACGUGACGAGCCAGUCGCAGGCGUCGGGCGUCAGCCACCUCGACAACUACCGCCAGCGCUUCUCGCGCCUGCCAGCCGGCGCCGCCGCGGCGGGAGCAGCCGGUGCGGCGGCGGCCGCCAACUCGGGCAUCCAGUGGGCCGACCAGCCCUCGCAACGGCCCAUCUCGGACGCCAGCAUGAGCGCACGCAGCUCGGGCCGCAGCGGCAGCAGCGGCUACUCGUCGUCGGCCUACUCGUCGCCGCCGUCGUCGUUUGAGUUCGACGAGGAGCCGCCGAGCCCCGUCGAGGCCGUCAAGCCGACGCUGCGCAGCCGGCCGUCGCACGGCGCCCAGGUGCCGCCGCCGCUGCCCGAGGACGCACAGAGCAAGCGUGCCUCGUACACGACGCCGGCGCUGCCCCGCACCCACAGCCACAGCCGCUCGACGACCUCGCUGCCGAACCGCAACGGCCGCGACAAGUCGCGCUCCGGCAGCCCCGUCGAGGCGCCGCCGCUCUCGAGUGCCCAGGCGGCCGUCGAUGCCAUGGCGGCGCUGCAGCACGCCACCGAGGUCGCCGCCAGCUCGCGGCGCGCGCCCAAGCCGCCAAUCCCGGCGCCCAUCCUGCAGCGCCCGCCGCCCAUGCCGGCGGCGACGGACGCCAUGAAUCGCACGCCGAGCGCCUCCUCCAGCGCCAGCUCCGUCGACCCCUGGGUGUACGACAACCGCAGCACAGCAUUUGCGUCUCUGACGCGCGGCCCCAACGACGCCUCGCCGGCGCCGUCGACGACGUCGUCGGGCGACCCGUGGAUCCAGCCGCAGCGCUCGCAGCCGCUGCCGCUGCUCGACCCCUUUGCCGUGCAGGUCUCCGGCCGUGCCGCACGCCCGCAGAGCGGCAUCUACCAGGGCUUCACGUCGGCGUCGGGCGUGUACGAGCGGCGCCCGUCGACGGUGUACGACACGCUCUCGGCCGCCGCUGGCCCCGCCUCGCCCAACGACGGCCGCUCCAAGUUUGUGCGCGGCCAGUACACGCAGCCCACCAUCCUGCGCCGCCGUCCCGCCGCCGAGGAGGCUGCUCGCCGCGACUCGGUCUCGCGCAAGCCGCUGCUGCGCACCAAGAGCCAGGGCGCCGCCGAGGCCGCCCCAGCAGCGCCGACGCCGAAGGCUGCCAGCCGUGCGGCCUUCUCGCGCAUGAACACGGCGCCCACGGCGCAGUUCCCCAUCGCGACGGGCGGGCACGACGACCUGCCGCCGUCGCCGAUGACCACCACCAAGGCGCUGCCUCGCACCGCCGGCCCCACGCAGCCGCUGGCGCUCGUGGCCAAGCAGCGGCGCAAGAGCAUCGGCGCGCUCGACAUGCCGCCGCAGAUGCCGCCGCCGAACCACCCGCCGCCGAGCAUCUUCUUCCCGGGCGAGCAGGACUACAGCUUCGGCCCCGCGCCCGCCGCCGGCGUGACCUCGGUGCACAGCAGCAGCUCGCACGCCUCGACGCCGCGUGCCAACACCACGCCGCACGCCUCGCCGCGCCCACAGCACCAGCCGUCGCAGGCCUACUCGCCGCAGCCGCAGCAGCACGCAUUCGCCCCCGUGCAGCAGCGCUUCGACGGCUAUGCGCCGCAGCCGCAGCAGCCGUCGUUUGCGGCGUCGCGCCAGCGCGUGCAGAGCAACCCGACGUCGCCGUCGGCGCUGCGCCGUGGCGCGCCGGCGUUCGGCUGCGCCUUCUAGAUAGAUAGAUCCCUCUCCUGUCCCCUGUCACCUGCUCCUGCGUGUCCAUACGAGCUGCUCCUCGGCGCCCAUAGGCUGCCACCUGUAUUAGUACCUGCGCCUAGUCAGUCAAUCACGCAUCUCUGCCAG